GGUAUAACAAACCUAAAAACCAUUUGGGUCUCGUAACCACUCGUUUCUGUUGAAUCUCUCCGCCCUCUCUCAAAUGACGAAGAUUAGGGUUUCCUUCCUCCUCGCUCUCCUUCUUCUAUCCUCUUAUUGCUUUCUUCAAGUUGCUAGGUGUCAGUCUGACUCAGAUUCGGAUGCUGAUGCUGAGCUUGUUGCGGAAACUGUUGAGGAAGGAGGAGAUCUUGGGAUUGUUGAUGAUGAUGUCGUUGACUUCAACGCUGGGAAUUAUAGUCCCGCUCCAGGUGUAGAAACAGUAUGUAUUUUCCCAAAGAACCUUGCGAAAACUGUAGUGGCAGGGCAAGAGACUGAGCUUUUAAUUGGAAUGAAAAAUGAGGGUGAUCAAAAUGUGAAGGUUCUCGCGGUUCAUGCUAGUGUUCAUCUUCCUUAUGAUCACCGCAUGUUGGUUCAGAAUCUUUCUGCACAGGCUUUCAACAAUGCUUCUGUUCCUGCUUCAGUUCAAGCUACUUUUCCCUAUAUAUUUGCUGUCAGCAAGUUCUUACAGCCUGGAACAUUUGAUCUUGUUGGAACAAUAGUUUAUGAGAUAGAUCAGCUACCAUACCAGAACACAUUCUACAAUGGUACCAUUGAAGUUAUUGAAGCUGGUGGCCUUGUUAGCAUUGAGACGGUGUUCCUAGUCUCCCUUGGAAUUUCUCUUCUUGUCUUCCUUGGUUUGUGGGUUCGUGGUCAGAUACAAAACCUUUCGAAGAAAACUAAGAGGGGACCAAAGGUGGAAACCGGAACUCGGACUGUUGAUGCAUCUAUGGAUGAGUGGCUGGAGGGAACUGCUUACACUCAAUCGAAGGCGAGCAAGUCGAAGAAGAAGAAGUAGAGGUGUGUUGGCAUGAAGAAUAGCUUCUUGUAACUGAUGUUUAGGUGAGAACAAGUAUACCUUGGUUAGUUACUGUGUUGUAGAAUGAGGAAGAAGAAACUUUUACGUACUCUUUUUUGUGGAGAUUUUGACGACUCGAGUUCCUUUUUUACAAAUCUAAGGGAAAUUAUUCUAGC